AUGAAGCUUAAAUUCUCUUCCUUUUCUGAAUACUGUGGAUGCUUUCUUUUUCUGCAAGUGAUGAUGUCUUCAGAGAAACUGAUGGUGACUACUCCCACAAGACAUGUGCUAGCUAGAGUAGGAGGCCAGGCUGAGCUCAGCUGCCAGGUGACCCCACCACGCAGUGUGGAGUCUAUGGAGGUGCACUGGUUAAGGAAUGGCCAUUUCCAGCCUGUUUACCUGUACAGAGGCCAUGGAGUGGAUGGAGAAGCUGCACCUGAAUAUGUGAACCGCACAGAGUUUGUGAAAGAUGCCAUUGGGAAGGGCAGAGUGGCCCUCAGAAUCCAUAAUAUCAGCAUUUCUGAUGAUGGGCUUUACCGAUGUUCAUUUAAUGAGAGUGGCUUCAUUGAUGUGGCCAGUAUGAACCUCAGUGUGGCAGCAGUUGGAUUGGAGACACAGAUCCAUGUUCAGGCUCCUGAUGCUCAAGGAGUCAUGGUGGAGUGUAACUCUGCAGGGUGGUUCCCACAGCCUCAAAUGGAGUGGAGAGACAGCAGGGGGAAAAUACUUCCACCCUCAUCAAAAUUGUAUUCACAGGAUGAAGCCAGAUUUUUCCACGUGAAGAUGACUCUUCUCACAAACCAGUCACAGGGUAGUAUAAUGUGCUGUAUUUUCAACCCUGUAACAAGAGAAGAGAAGCAAACAAUUAUCAUCCUAGCAAGUGAGUAUUGUCAGGUUUGGUGGUUGAUCUAA